AUGAGCGAAGAGGACGGCGUGGGUCGUCGGGGGGGCGUGUGGGCGUGGGUCUUAGGCGUGGCCGAGGUGGUGUGGUCCCUCAUUCGGGCGCAAGCGGGUCGCGGGCCCGGCUGGGUGAGACGGGGGCCGCGGGGUGCGAAGGGGGGGGCUCCCAGGGCCUUCUCUGUGCGUGUCCCGUUCAAUCGCGCGUGGAGUCGAGGAGGGCGAGCUCUUACUGGGCGGGCGGAUCGCACGGGGGGCCUGGCCUCGGCGCGGGUGGCUUCGCCGGGGGGGGCGCGGGCGGAAAGGGGGCAUCGGGGGGGCGGGGCGCGCUGGCAGGUGCGCCUGGCGUAG